CUGGAGACCAGACUGGCAGGCGCUGGAGGGGUGCGGAGGGGUUUAGAUCUGAAUAAUUGAGGAGCGAUUCAGCAGCAGCCGCUGCCUCCCGUCUUCCUUUACCACCAUCACCGCUCCCACCUCAGCUCUAAGUGCAGAUCGCAGGCCAUCAGCAUCCAGGUCAUCACCUCCAGCCCCUCUGACGUUCAUGCCCAAGUCAAGAAGGCUUUGGGUCCCACUGGGCCUUUCUUAAAAGGACACACACUCAUUGCUCCAUGAGUUCAAGGGUCAUCCACUAAGACUUCUGUACUCAUUACCAUCGUCAAACCUUCACUGCAACAGUACCUUUCACGAUGAGUGGUUUUCUGGCCUCCGUGGACCCCCGGCGGGUGCAGUGGGGGGCUGCCUGGUACGCAAUGCACUCUCGGAUCCUGCGCACCAAGCCAGUGGAGUCCAUGCUAGAAGGAACCGGGACUACCACCGCGCAUGGCACCAAGCUAGCCCAGGUGCUCACCACCGUGGACCUCAUCUCUCUCGGAGUCGGCAGCUGCGUGGGCACUGGCAUGUAUGUGGUGUCUGGGCUGGUGGCCAAGGAAAUGGCAGGACCUGGAGUGAUUGUGUCCUUCAUCAUUGCUGCCGUUGCGUCCAUACUGUCAGGUGUGUGCUAUGCGGAGUUUGGAGUUCGAGUCCCCAAGACUACGGGAUCUGCCUACACCUACAGCUAUGUCACUGUUGGGGAAUUUGUGGCAUUUUUCAUUGGCUGGAACUUGAUCCUGGAGUACCUGAUUGGCACGGCAGCUGGCGCCAGUGCCCUGAGCAGCAUGUUUGACUCCCUAGCAAACCAUACCAUCAGCCGCUGGAUGGUGGAUACAGUGGGCACCCUCAAUGGCCUGGGGAAAGGAGAGGAGUCCUACCCAGACCUUCUGGCUCUGGUGAUUGCUGUCAUCGUGACCGUCAUCGUGGCUCUGGGGGUGAAGAAUUCUGUGGGCUUCAACAACGUCCUCAACGUACUGAACCUGGCAGUGUGGGUGUUCAUCAUGAUCGCAGGCUUCUUCUUCGUUAAUGGCAAAUACUGGGCUGAGGGCCAGUUCUUGCCCCACGGCUGGUCAGGGGUGCUGCAAGGAGCAGCCACGUGUUUCUAUGCUUUCAUUGGCUUUGACAUCAUUGCCACCACUGGGGAAGAAGCCAAGAACCCCAACACAUCCAUCCCGUACGCUAUCACCGCGUCCCUGGUCAUCUGCCUGACAGCGUAUGUGACUGUGAGCAUGAUCUUAACGCUAAUGGUACCAUAUUACGCCAUCGACACGGAGUCCCCUCUCAUGGAGAUGUUUGUGGUCCAUGGCUUCUAUGCCGCAAAGUUUGUAGUGGCUAUUGGAUCAGUGGCAGGACUGACAGUCAGCCUGCUGGGCUCCCUGUUCCCCAUGCCCAGAGUCAUUUAUGCCAUGGCUGGUGAUGGGCUGCUUUUCAGGUUCCUGGCUCACGUGAGCUCCUACACAGAGACGCCAGUGGUAGCUUGCAUUGUGUCAGGGUUCCUGGCCGCUCUCCUCUCACUGCUGGUCAGUCUGAGGGACCUGAUAGAGAUGAUGUCCAUUGGCACACUCCUCGCCUACACCUUGGUCUCUGUCUGUGUCUUGCUCCUACGAUACCAACCCGAGAGUGAUAUCGAUGGUUUUGUCAAGUUCCUGUCUGAGGAGCACACCAAGAAGAAGGAAGGCAUCCUGGCUGACUGUGAGAAGGAAACCUGCUCCCCUGUGAGUGAAGGGGAGGAGUUCUCCAGCACUGCCACCAACACCUGUGGGGCCAAGAACCUGCCAUCUUUGGGGGACAAUGAGAUGCUCAUAGGGAAAUCAGAUAAGUCCACCUACAACGUAAGCCACCCCAACUACGGCACUGUGGACAUGACCACGGGCAUAGAAGCCGAUGAGUCAGAAAACAUCUAUCUCAUCAAGCUGAAGAAGCUGAUUGGACCCCGAUACUACACGAUGAGAAUCCGGCUGGGCCUUCCAGGCAAAAUGGACCGGCCCACAGCAGCAACAGGGCACACGGUGACCAUCUGUGUACUCCUGCUCUUCAUCCUCAUGUUCAUCUUCUGCUCAUUCAUCAUCUUUGGCUCCAACUACAUCUCGGGCCGGAGCUGGUGGGCCAUCCUUCUGGUUGUUCUAAUGGUGCUGCUGAUCAGUGCGCUGGUGUUUGUAAUCCUGCAGCAGCCAGAAAACCCCAAGAAGCUGCCGUACAUGGCCCCCUGCCUGCCCUUUGUGCCUGCCUUCGCCAUGCUGGUGAAUAUCUAUCUCAUGCUAAAGCUCUCCACCAUCACAUGGAUCCGGUUUGCGGUCUGGUGCUUUGUGGGUCUGCUCAUUUAUUUUGGGUACGGCAUCUGGAACAGCACCCUGGAAAUCAGCGCCAGAGAGCAGGCCCUGCACCAAAGCAUGUAUCAACGCUACGAUGUGGAUGACCCCUUUUCCGUGGAGGAGGGAUUCUCCUAUGCCACUGAGGGCGAGAGCCAGGAGGACUGGGGCGGGCCAGCCGAGGACAAAGGCUUCUAUUACCAACAGAUGUCAGAGGCGAAGACAAACACCCGGACGAGUAGCAAAGCGAAAAGUAAAAGCAAGCACAAGCAGAACUCAGAGGCCCUGAUUGCAAAUGAUGAGUUAGAUUACUCUCCGGAGUAGGGCUGAACUGCGGGCGCCGAGAGGGUGGCUUCUCCGCGAAUCCAGCCUGUGUGCUGGCAGGUGGAACCUUCUUCCGACUCUCAUUUCACAAACUUCCCCAAAGGCCAUCCCCAGGCACAAUCUGUCAUUUGCUAUUUUUGCUGUAAAGGAAAGUUCUAUUGAAGGGUUUUACCCAGGGCCCUUAAUUGACCCCCAUGUAAAAAAAAAAAAUCAAAACCAAAUGAAAUUCUAUGUUAGCGAGCUGUCCCAGCCGAGGACAGCAAAUGUUUCCUUUGCAGGAUGGAUCUUCGUGCUAAGAUCCAAGCAGGCUUUCCUCCAACCCUGCUGAGGCUGCAGGCCCUUGGGAGAGGAGCCACAAAGGUGGCAGUGGUGUGAGGCGGCUCUACAGCCCCCAGAGCAGAACUAGGAGCUGCUCCCCCAGGCCCGUAGGUCAGGCUGCUUCCCCAGGGACUUUCUCAGUCAGCAACACUGUGUCCUUAAAUCUCACCUCCCCAAAACUAUCCACAGAGAAGACCGGCUUCUCUUUACUCACCAAAGUUCUUACAGUUUCCAGACUAUAAGGUUAGGAUCCAGAAAAGACAGAAGACUCUGAGACCAUAUUUCCCAUAAAACAACCUCGUAGUCAUCAAAGUAUAGUAAGAAGUACCACCAAAUCUUUACUUAAAUGCUCAAGAAAAAGAAAGAAAGAAAAGCUGAAGUAACCGUCUCUCGAAUAGAGGUCAGGAAGGCAUUGGCAGAAGUGAACUGUCUGUCAGGCAUUCCCUUACACCAGACUCUAAGCUCCCGUAGGUCUGGGGAAAGGGCAGAGGUCGAGUGUGAUCGCAGGCCUCUGAUAUGCCUGGAAGAAACGGGCUAUUUGUUCUAUAAUCAGAUAAAAAUCUUUGCGAGGAGCAGUAACCCAGCCACUGAGAUCACAUUGCAAAUCCUACUUCAUAUCUCUAAAAUUAUAAAAUCUGCAGGGUUUUUCCUCUUUGGCUAGGUGACUGCCUGAUUGGACCCUGCUGGUUUCCAGAGAUGUGGAAGACCAGGAACUUGGGUCACGCAGCUCAGAGAGCUCGAAUUCCCACCUGGACCUUCCUCCUCUAGGCUAGCUCACUUUUAGAGUGUUUUUCAUCUUAGUUCCAAAAGCACCUUCCUUGAGGUCCAGAGAAAUGACUUUUUGGUGGGGGUUAAGCAUAGGCCUCCAAAGGGAUUCUUAAAGAAUUUUCUCCGAAACAGGAUAGAUGAAUUUACAACAGAAAAACAUGUGGCUUCAGUAGCAUGUGUGUAGGAAAACAAAUUUCUCUCACUAAGAUUUCGGCGAGAAUUUUUUUGGAAAUGGGACAAAAGAGCAAAUUCCUUGCCCUCUGCUCCUCAAUUCAUCAUCCGCCAAAAAAUUUCAUGAAUAUCAACUAACAUCACUUCUUUCUUGCUUGCUCCGAGGCGCAUGUUUUCUUGGCAUGUACUUAGGUUACAGAGAGAAGGCAUGCUUCCUGUUGAGCUGACUGCCUAAAAUACACCAGCGGCUAAGUAGAGGUCCUGAGGAUCUCUGUAACUUCAGCCCUCGGAACCUAGGAGACAGCAGGGUCCCAUGACAGAUACAAGAAGCUCCAACGUAACAGAUAAAGAUCAACUGAAACUAUUUUUUUAAUGAUGCUUUUAGAUCUGUUGGGUACCAGGCUCUCAGCCGAUGUCUGCCAGUGCACUAAAAUAAGUACAUUUUUUACAUCUCGCUCAUCACUCCAUAUUAACUAUGUAGAACCCGGCUUCCAGUACUCCUUCUUACCAUUUCUAUGUAAUGUCCGAAAAGCUGUUUCCUCUUGCCCAAACUUAACCAUCACAUCGCAGUGCCUGGCCUGCAACGAACACCCUGGAGAACUCCCUGUAAGAUAAUUAUGAGUCAUGUCUGUCAAAACUAAGUUCUAAACUGGGGUGGGAUGCAGAAAACCUGCCUAGUAGAAACAGCUAUUAAGCUGGGUCUGCUUCUCAAUAAACGGGGUAAUGUUCUCUUCCUUAGAUAUGGUUAGGAGAAAUAUGGAUGCAAUGUGACAAAUCUUAACAUGGGUGGAAAGUUAUGUCUUACUGGUGGUGUUUAGGGAUUAAAGUAGCAAUGGUCUGGUGGCAGGUGUGUGCUAUUUCUGUAGCAUAAGAAAGAGCAUGGGCUUUACUGUUGAUGUCAGUAGUGUUGUUUCUGUGCAGAGCCAAUGGAUUAUUCUCAUCUCGGAUGCCAUUUUUCUCAGUUAGAAGCUUUCGAUGUUUUCAAUCGUUGCUCUCAUCAUUUGUCUAAAAUUGUUGGGGUUAUCUUCUUAGCUGUCUUGGGUUUUAAUAUAUAUAUAUGUAGAGCUUGGAAAGUUUUCUCAGGUACGUAGCAUGUUUUCACCAUGUUUUUUCCACUCCUGUGAAAGAGUCCCAGGUUUCACAAGAAGGUUUUGAAAUACUAUCAUAUGUGAACAUCGUGUUUAUGAGACCGCAUUAAAAGUAGGGUUACCUUAUAAAUAAGUCUCUUAGAAAAACUCCUCCGAUAGGGGUUCAGUGUAUGUGGGAUGUCUAAUUUUGGAGCCAAUAAUUUAAUCUUUUAAAUUGUAUUCUAUUUAUUAACACUCUGCCUCAUUUCGUUAAGAUUGGAGGCAGCUAUUAAAACACAAGGGCUCCGAAGCCAAGGGGAAGAAUACAGUGAAAAUGGGAGGAGAAAGGGAAACUUAGAGCCAGAAUGUGUGAAACACACAAGCGCAAGGACUCUCAAGGGGUUUGCUGAGUUUUCCAGUGAAGAACACCUUAGAAAGCAAUAGGCUUGUCAGUAAUGACAGCCAGGACUGCUACAUGAUAAUAAAUAAUUAAUAAAUAAACCUUUCCCCCUGAGGGCAGAGUGUUAAAACAGCACAGACCCCUGACACCCACAGAGAAGCUCCAAAGCUAGAUUACACUAACUACGUGUACCUAAUGGUUAGUGGAUAUCAAGAAAUACCUGCUGGACAGUGGUGGCGCACGCCUUUAAUCCAGCACUCAGGAGGCAGAGGCAAGCGGAUCUCUGAGUUAGAGGCCAGCCUGGUCGACAAGAGCUAGUUCCAGGACAGCCGGGCUACACAGAAAGUCCUUGUCUAGAAAAAGGAAGCAAGGACGAUAUUAUUGGUGGGGACCUUGAGGGGAUAAAUGAAAUAAAGGAAAAUAAGCCACCUAUUCAGUAGUUAUUCACAGAGUACCCGCUGUGUGCUAUGGCAUACUCUGAGGCCAUGAUAAGUGGAAGGUUCAGUUCUUAAGAAAUAAGAUCUAGAGGACUGGCCAGACAGCUCAGAGGGUCAGCGCUUGCCUAGCAAACCUGAUUGCUUCAGUUCAAUCCCUGGAACCUGCAUAAACAUGGAAGAAGUGACUCCACAUAUCUGUUCUCAGACCUUCAGGUGGGUGUUCUGGGACACACACUCACACACACACACACACACACACACACACACACAAACUAUGCAUACACAUUCAGUAAUCAUAAACAAAACUUUUGAAGAAAUCUAUUUAGAAUCGUAUCAAAGAUGGCAGGCAGGAUGGAGAUAAGAACGUGCUUUUGGGCUUAAACGUGGCAAACACCUCCACACGUUGGAGAGAUCAAAGAACACGGUGUACACGCAGCCUGUGGAAGCAGCAGAGCCUUAACAAGGCAGAAACGGAAGAGAGGCAUGCAGAGGACGGCUAAGAUGCAGACUGUGGCUGAGGGCUCCCUGAGUUUAGUUCUUUGCCUUCCUCCAGGAAAAGCAAGGAGCUGGGGUGGCUGUCGCUAUAAUUUACAUGUGAUUCAUAUGACACAGUAAGAAAGAUGCCAGGAAAGUAGGGGAGGGAUCAGUCACAGCUCGAGUGACAAGCCCACUGGUGUUCUGUGGGUGGGGAGUGCUUGUUAGGGUUGCGGGGGGACAAGUCAGGCAAGGUUGGACUUGAGAAAAACUGGGCAGUGGUAUCGUUGUCCAGGCAAGGAGCAAACGGGUCAUGUACACACAUUUAGCAGAGAGAUGAAAAAAUUCCGUGCUCAAAGCAAGACACUGCUCUUCCUCCUGUCUCAGAUUUUACAUUCCCGUAGGAACUGUUAUCUUCUAACAUGCCGACACGCAACACAACUUUUCAACUUUACAGCUUGCGGCAAUUCCUUUCAAUGACCAAAUCUAACUCCUGUUUGUAUCUAUCUAAUCUGAAUAGUAAAAUCCCUGCUUCUGACUUGACUUAAAUUGAGCUCGAGGCUGGUUUAAACUAAAAAAGAAGUUGAAUGUUGGAAUUAUGCAAAAAAAAAAAAAAAACUCCCAGGUCUGCCUCUUAGUAAGAGCAAGUCCUGUGCCUCCACAACACUACAAAUGCAGCCACUGUUGGAAAACAAGAUUCAGAGAAAUGUCUGUGCAACUGAGAAGAGUUGAGAAAUCUGACAGCCUUGGGAUCAUGCUUGUUGAAAAUCACAUUACCAGAGAAUUCCUCUUCGAAAUAUAUAGAAUCAUAAAUAGAAUUUCCAUCUAAGUAUCCACCUGAAAGACUAGAGGAAAUUGAUGUCCUGUUUGCCGCGGGGCUUUUACAGGAGCCUGGGAAACCCCUGAGACUCAGGCACAGGUUGGUCCACCUUUCUGGCUCAUGUUAGAACGUUCUCUGAUAGAAAGUCAAAAGUCAGGGCAUAAGCUGCAGCUAGAGCUGGAUCGGUUCUGGGAGUCCUGGGGGCAGUGGUCCACUCUCGGACCCCAGCCUCACAUGGGAGUGCACUAGAGAUGGCUUUCCCAAGCAGUGGAACGUGGAGGAAAACCAGGAAAAGGUGCCCGCCAUCGUGGUGGGACUUCUCUCCAUUCUCAAACGUCUUUCAAAAAGACUUGUUAAUAAGACAGGUAUUUCCAAUCCAUUUUUAUGAAGCCUCCAUAGGCCCUUUCCCUGGGUACUUCUUUAACGCUGAUUGUCUGUUUAUCUGAUUGUCCGUUUAUCUGCAGAAAGGCCCUUUGGAGACCCCAGACCAACAGUCAAUCAGCAGUGGCCUCACCAUCAGAGUCCAGUUUCAGUUGACAUUGUUUAGGCUAGAGACUGCAUCCCAACCCAGAGGGUCCACACCAGCAGGUCCAGAAGGCUAUUUCCUCCAGAACCGUCACUGCAUUUUCAGUUGGUUAAGAGUUCUUGCUGCCAGGUGGUAGUGGCCCAUGCCUUUAAUCCCAACACUUGGUAGGCAGGCAGAUCUCUGUGGAGUCAGCCCGGUCUACAAAAGAUAGUUCUAGGAAAGCUAGAGCUGUUACACAGAGAAACCCUGUCUUGAAAACCAAAAAUUAACAAUAACAAUAAUAAUAAAAUAAAAGAGUUCUUGCUGACCAUAACUACCUGUGACUUCAGCUCCAGGAUGUACAACGCCAUUGGGCACUACACCCUGUGCACAUGCUCAAACACAUAUACAACAUUUGGGGGGGGAGGGUUGCUAUCACUUCUUUUUUUUUUUAAUUUAUUUAUUUAUUAAGGAUUUCUGCCUCCUCCCCGCCACCGCCUCCCAUUUCUCUGAAAAAAUAUGGGAUGUUCUCUUUUCCUGUUUUGGGCUUAAAGCCCAAAGAGAUUAGUAAAGGUUUAAAGUCCACCAGAAAUUCAUAUGUAUUCUGCAUAGCAGCUAGAAUAGUAUUGAAAUCACUCAUUAAUAAAUGCAUGGCUCACACAGCCCAAAGGAGACUUCCAAAAAGACAUCAUAGGUUUGAAGUCUCCUGACACAGAUGGCUCUUUCUUGUACUCUUUCUGAAUAUUUAGUGUGUGUUGGUUCAGAUGAGGGAGAAAAAUAGCAUCCUGCUGGGAGUGGGAGGUCAGGACGGCCUGGAUUUUUAUAUUGAAAACCUCCUCUGUGCUCUUUUUUGUUUCUGUCUAGCUUUCCUGACUUUAACACUGGUAGUACAGGCUAAAGGAAACCUUGGGUCAUGUGAAUAUUGUCAGAAGUGCAGACUCUGAAGGGCUGUGUCCAUUCUGGUGUUGGGAUGAUAUCCUGGUCCACAGACAUCCUUCGAGGGCUCUUGGCAGUUGCUGAUAGACAAGUCUCAUUUCUAGUCAUGAAGUUGAGAGCUUACACUGGGAAUCAGAAGCCCCUGCUUCCCAAAGCAGAGAUGCUGUUAAUGUUAUAAAAAGCACCUAAAUACCUCAACUAUCUGGGCUGAGCAAAGGAGCUUCAGGCUUUCAAGAGGGUGGCUAAUGUCCUCGCUCCACGUAGUGACGACGUAGUGACUGCCAACAGGACUCUGCAUUCUGCUUCUUCUCACUGUGGGAAAGUACCAUGACCAUUUAAUUCAUAUCCCAAAGUUAUAAAUACAACCUGUAAAUUCCACUAAGCUGUUUCAGUUUCAUUUGGUCCUUAAAAAGUACAACUUGCAUUUUGCAGAUGGUCAUUUCUGGUGUGUUCUCGGCUUUCCUUUCCUAUAUGAAAUUGUUGUAUUGUUAAUGUGUUUGUUUUGUGGUUUUAAUUCCCAUUGGUGCACUGUACAAUGGGGCUUUGUAAUGUACCAUGAAGAAAAGGAUAACAUACAGAUGUCCUAUAAAGUGUGUUUUAUUUUCAAAUGACUGUGGUGUUGACAAAUAUUUUGAUUUAUCAAAAUACUAAGGAAAGUUAUAAAUUUACCAAAAUGUGUAUAUUUUAAUAAAUGCAUAAAGCUUUAUUGUGUGCCUUUACAUCUAAAUUUUGGGUUAUUAAAAAAGAAA